UUAAUCUGUAGAGUGGGGAUUCCUUUGCUAUUUUACAGCAAGUAUGUGGCCUCUCUCCAGUUCAUUUUGCCACAUUCCUCUACUUUUCCUUCUUCAUUCCCAGCUGCUUCUUUCCUCAUCACACAUCGAUGAGACUCGCAACUUCAAUAGGAGUUCAUCACCAGUUUCUGCGUUGUUUGUGUUUGGUGAUUCUACAGUUGAUCCUGGCAACAAUAACUACAUUGAGACUAUUGCCAAGAGCAACUUUCCACCUUACGGCCAGGAUUUCCCCAACCAGCUUCCAACCGGAAGGUUUACCAAUGGCCGGCUUGUCACCGAUUUUAUGGCUUCGUACGCGGGGAUCAAAGACUUCAUCCCUCCAUACUUGGACCCAACCCUCACCCUUGAAGACCUCAUGACUGGAGUUUCUUUUGCUUCUGCUACCACCGGAUUCGACCCACUUACUGCUCAAAUCUUUGGCGUGAUUUCUAUGGAGAAACAACUGAAAUAUUUUAAAGAGUACAAAUCAAGAAUGGAAGUCCAUAUCGGGAAGGAGAGAACCAAAACCCUGAUUAGUAAGGCUGUGUUCCUAAUAAGCGCUGGCACAAACGAUUUUAUCGUGAAUUAUAACACCAUACCAAUUCGACGCCAGACCUACACUGUUUCCACUUACCAGCACCUGCUAUUACAACUUGGCCAACAAUUCUUACAGGGUCUGUUGGGGAUGGGGGCUCGGAAGGUUGCUUUCGUGGGGCUACCACCAAUGGGAUGUGUGCCGGCUGUCAUCACCAUGAACUCCGACCAUGCUCUCACUCACCGUGCCUGUAUCGAGUCGCUUUCCUCCGUCGCACGAGAUUACAAUCGCUUGCUCCGGAACAAGCUGACUGCUAUGCGCAUCCCUGGUGCCAAAAUCAUUUAUGUUGAGAUUUUUAAACCGUUGGAUGACUUGAUUAAAAAGCCUCAACAAUUUGGUUUUGAUGAAGUGAAUUGUGGUUGCUGUGGAAGUGGAACCAUAGAACUCUCCGUCCUCUGCAAUUCAUUGUCCGUCGUUUGUUCGGAUGAUUCCAAGUAUGUGUUCUGGGAUUCUGUGCACCCAACUGAAGCAGCAUACUAUAACAUCUUCCUGGAGCUGCGUCCGAUAGUGGAUCUGUUCAUGAAGGCUUAGACAACUGUAUGAAACAAAAUUGUCAAUUGAUUAUAAGACAUGAUGAUGAUAAUAUGAAUGUUGUAUCUUAUUAUAUAUGUUGUAUAUA